UCAAGUCCACCUUUUACAGAUAACUUAUCAAUCACAUGCUACCAGUUUCCUUUGUCCUCUACAUUUACACUUAAGUUCUUUCAAUUCACAUGUUACAAGCUUAGAUUUUAUCCAAAACAAAGCCUUCAACGGAACAGUCAUGGUGAAUCUUAAGAUGACAACUAAAUAUGGUGCAAUGGCAUCAGCCGUCUGUGCCAGUAUCUUUGUUGCAGGGUUUUACUUUGUUCGUGAACGUUAUCAGAGAAAGGAACCGCCCCCUAAACUCAUGAGGUCUAUGUCCAUGGCUGUCCUCCAUGGAGGGAAGCUGGCCUUGAAGAGAUUGGUAGAGUAUCAUGAAGCUCGAGCAGACAAAGAUGCACUGCAUCAAGCUGAAUGUGACUUGAAGGCUCACCUUUUCACUAAGAAACACCCUGAUUACAAGAAGCUGCAGUCGAUUGUUGCAAAACUAGAGAUGAGUGGAAAAGAAGCUGAGGGUGCUGAUAUAUUAGAGAAAACAACAGUGAAGUUGAGAAAUGAACGAAAAGUGCAUGAACGAUAUGAAACUGAAAUGCUACUAGUGGAAAUGCUUAUAUACAAGGGUGAUUACAAGAAGGCGCUCAGCUGCGAUUGCUUGAGACAUGUUGAGAUCUCCGAUGCAAGGCGUCCACUAUACAAGGCUGUUAUUUACAUUAUGUUGUCAAAGUAUCCCAGGGAAGAGAUUAUAGAUGAGUGGAAAAAGUUUCACGACCUGAAUCAAUCAUUCCAUUGUGAACCUAUGGAGAACGAGAGCUUGGUAGAAGCUCAACUACAUAAACUCAUUAUAGACUUCAACGAGUUUGAGAAGGUCAUCAACGUACUCAAAGAAGAUAUAAUAGACGCUCAAGCAAUGAAGAGAAAGAAAUAAGGAAGGACUUGGAUGCCCAAGAGGCUCCUCUUUUUAAUGCAUUUCUUUUCGUAUUAAAAAAAAAAGAUUUGAACAAAUGUUAGACCGAGUUGGAGUCAGCUCAUUAAUUUAUUAGACUGAACUUGCAUGUAAUCAAAAUACGUUGCUAAGAUUGAUAAUUAGCCUUUUGAAGUGGGCUGCAUAAUAAGU